AUUCAAACCCUUACUUACUGUUCAAGCCUUCUCCUCCGGCUACCACUAUCAAGGGCACCUAAAACCCUGAACUGCACCACCGAUCCCGAAAUUGCCGACAGAAAUGGAGAUAGAUCCCCCGAAUUCAGAGCAUGAAGCCGAACAAACUGUAAUGAUUAAGGACGAUGAUCUCUUCAGAGCCGCCGAUACCGGCGACGUAUCAUUUUUCAAAUCCCUCUCUCAGCCGCAGCUGCUCCGUUCUCUCGAUCUUCGUAACGAAGACGGACGAUCGCUACUUCAUCUCUCGGUUUCUUCAGGCCGCGUCGAGGUGGUGAAGAUACUUUCAGCUUUUGAUAAAUCAGUUAGUGGUAUUAACAGUGCUGAUGAAGAAGGUUGGGCACCACUGCAUUCGGCAGCAAGCAGUGGAAACGUUGAGAUAGUCAAGAUUUUGUUAGACAGAGGAGCUGAUGUAAAUUUGAAAAACGAUGGCGGCCGAACUGCUCUUCACUAUGCUGCCAGCAAGGGUUGGGUUAAAGUAGCUGAAAUUCUGCUUUCAAAUGGUGCAAAGAUCAAUUUGAAGGACAAGGUUGGCUGCACCCCCUUGCACCGUGCAGCCAGUACAGGGAAUUCAGAGUUGUGUGAACUUUUGAUCGAGGAAGGUGCAGAAAUUGAUGCUGUUGAUAGAGCAGGACAAACUCCUAUUAUGAGUGCAGUAGUAUGCCAUUACAAAGAGGUAGCUCUUCUACUGAUCAGGCAUGGUGCAGAUGUUGAUGUGGAAGACAAAGAAGGAUACACCGUGCUUGGUAGAGCAUCGGCUGAAUUUAGACCAAUUCUAAUAGACGCUGCCAAGGCCAUGCUUGAAGGAUGAAUGGUCCUACGACAAAAGCUCUAGGAGGAAAGCACUGCACAUGGUACGCAUUUAGCGUUUAUAUGGUAUAUUGAUUAGUAAUAUAUACCUGUUUAGAGCAAAAUAUUGCAAUUCCGCUGGGUUUUCCUUCUUGAAUUAUGGUUUGCCAUGAAGAAUAUCCAAUCCUUUCGUUGAAAAUCUAGAUGUUUGAGAUAAAUAUAUCAGAAAUUAUCAAA